CUCACAAAUGCUCACAAGCAUUGAUCUCUUUAGUGUAAGCCUAAGGUAACGAGCCUACUUAGGUACUGUACUGUACAGUACCUAAGGUAUUGUAUUGUGCCCAGGUUGGUAUUGUAUUGUAACCUAGGUAAUGUUUGUGGCGAAGUGCCGAUCCAGGUUCGAUAGGUAAGGUAUUGUACAGUACAGUCCAGUCCAGUACAGUACCUUACCCUACUAACUGAUGACAUACAGUACCAGCCAACAUCUGGCAAUAGCCACCGGAUUACAAAACAACAAUAGCAGACCAACAACAACAGCCACGCCAGCUACGCCAGCCACGAUGAUGGCAACCGAAUUUCCAAAGUUUCGAGAUCUGCCGAUGGAGCUGCGAGUCAAGAUCUGGUCGUUCUGCGUCCCCGGCCCCCGCGUGUACGAGAUGGACUACCCGCUGUCAGACUUCCAUAGCACCUUUCCAGACGGCGAAGCCAGGCCGCGAGAGCUCUGGUCGUCAAAGUCUGGUCUGUGGCCUGUCAUUUCUCGCGUGUGUCGCGAGGCCCGCGACGUUGCGCUGAAUCGGCAUCGGCAUCGGUACAUGUACGUGACGGGCGAGGAGGGCCAGACGGACGAGCACGGCGUGCCGUACCCGCCGUGGACCGCCUGGAACGCAAACUUGCCAGUCCGCUUCCGUAAAGGCUUCGACAUUGUGCACCUCCAUUGGCACGGAGACUACGACCACCACGACUGGCUCGGGCCCCCGCCAAACCCGUUGCCAUCUCUCCAGUGGCUAGCUAGCCAAGCCGCCGCGGCGUCCGUCAGUGCCGAGCUGUUGCAUCGAUUUGACCCCGACGGGGACAAGAAUUAUUCCCUCGCCUCGGUAAUAGGCUCCAAAGACGCCAAGUACUUUGACCCCCACGUUCUCUACUACGUCGUGUUGGCCAUCGUCGAGAUUCACAUCUCGGCAGAGGAAGCCGCCCACGCCGGCGUGUUUGGCACUCUGGGCGAGGAACCUAUCCGGCUAGUCGAUCCGAGGGACACGGCAACAGUCGCUAGAUUCCGAGAUGCUUGGAGAUGCGGCCGGGCGUCCGUGGAGGAGCCAGACGUCGCCGAGUUCUUCUCCCGCGUCACGGACGCGGCUGACGACUACUGCGCGCGCGUCGAGCAGUGGCGCCAAGAGUUGGAAAAGAAAUGGAUGUGGCACAAGUGUAACGAGCUCCGCGUCCCCGAGGAUACUCACGCAAAGAUCUGGUCGGACCUCGAUCAACCGAGAGAGCUGCGCUUCGACUGGAGUCGCCGACAGCUUGACAAGGGGCACCCGUGGGUCCAAAAGCAGCUGGCUGUGAUGCCCCGCUUCGAGCCGGUCCUGAUGUUCCGCCACUGCACCGGAAGGUGUGGCCUGGCGGGCUAUGCCAAUCCAUAACCUCGGCCGCCAUGGCACAUGGAACUAGCCCUGCACAAAGCGUUGUCGACGCGAAGACGCGUACAUGUGGUAUGGUGGAGAAUUCCCUGCUGUUGAUACGGAGUAGGAAGGUAGUGUACCUAGC